AUGGCCUUUAGUUGUACAAUCUGCAACCUCUCGUACCCUGUUCGGUCACAUCUUGCCCGUCAUUAUCGGGAGAAGCAUCAUCUACCAGACGUCAAGAAGGCUCCGUCGACUUUCAAAUAUCACCCCUACCUUACAGCACAACCAUGUGACGAACGAGGUCAAUACCUUCCUCCCGGGACUCCACCACCACCACGCGUCGACCCUCCACCCACCGACUGGCAUCCGUUUGCAAGUCGGCCGGCCUUCGCAUUUGCGGAGCUCACAUUUGAGGUCAUGCAGGCAUCCAACACUAACGUCGACGAGCUCUUGAGCAUUUGGGCUGAAUAUAAUGAACUCGCCGAUGGCCCGCCACCUCCGUUCGCCGACCACAAGGAUGUUCUGGCUCACAUCGACGCGAUCCAGCAUGGCGAUGCACCAUACAUCUGCUAUACUGUCAAGUACACGGGUCCGACUGACAACAACUCACCGUCGUGGAUGUUGGAGCCCUGCAAGUUCUAUACACGAGAUGCUCGCCUGGUCGCCCACAACAUGAUGGCCUCAAGUGAUCUCGACGGCAAAUUCAACUACCGACCUUACGUCGAACUCAAGAAUGACGGACAACGUACAUGGUCCAACAUCAUGUCCGCUGACUGGGCUCAUAAACAAGCUACCGAAAUCGCCAAGGAUGCGAACAGCCAUGGCGCCAUGUUCGUUCCGAUCGUUCUUGGUGCUGACAAGACUACGGUCACCGUCGGGACAGGCAACAUUGAGUUUCAUCCCUUAUAUUUUGGCCUCGGGAAUGUCACGAACUCGGCACGUCGCGCCCAUCGUGAGGCUAUCACUCCCAUCGCGUUCUUGCAUAUUCCUCAUGCACCACGCGAUGAGGCCAAAACAGCGGAGUUUCGCAUCUUCAAAAAGCAACUUUAUCACGCCUCCAUCACUCACAUCCUGUCUCCGUUGCGACGAGGCAUGACCACGCCCGAUGUCGUGAAGUGCCCUGAUGGUCACUUCCGUCGCGCCAUCUACGAGAUUGGUCCGUUCAUUGCAGACUACCCCGAGCAGGUUGUACUCGCCGGCAUCGUCCAAAAUCGCUGUCCCAAGUGCUUGUUGCAGGCAACCGAGCUCGAAGACGGUGCGGGACCCCGUCGUACACGUGCCAAGUACGACCAUGCCAUGGAACAUCUCGAUGCAGAGGAUCUGUGGGAUACGUACGGGAUCGUCUGUGACGUCGUGCCCUUCACCAACGAGUUCCCUCGCGCCGAUAUCUACGAGCUCAUCACACCCGACCUCCUUCAUCAGCUCAUCAAAGGGUCGUUCAAAGACCACAUCGUCUCCUGGAUCCAGAAGUAUGUCGAGGCCGUGCAUCAACCGGCCGAAGCUCGGAAGAUCAUGGACGACAUUGAUCGGAAAAUUGCUGCCGUGCCGCCGUUUCCAGGUCUACGACGUUUCCCACAAGGACGAAACUUCAAGCAGUGGACGGGCAAUGACUCGAAGGCUCUGAUGAAGGUCAUCAUUCCGGCUCUCGUCGGUCACCUGCCCAAUGAUAUGAUCAAGGCUAUUCGAGCAUUCAUGGACUUCUGCUACUACGCUCGCCGCUCGUCACAUACCCUUGUGACCCUUCAGAAGAUGGAGGAGUGCCUCACACGCUACAAGCUUCUGCGCGAGUCUUUCCGCAUGGACGGUGUUCGUGACGACUUCAAUUUGCCCCGGCAACACGCAUUGUGGCACUACGUGCGGGGUAUCAAGCUUUUUGGGUCCCCGAAUGGACUCUGCACGUCCAUCACGGAAUCCAAACACAUCGCGGCCGUCAAGAGGCCGUGGCGCCGCUCGAAUCGCAACAACGCCAUCUGGCAGAUGCUUCGCACGAACAUACGCAUGGCCAAGCUCGCAGCGCUACGCCACGAAUUCGCUCGUCGCGGGAUGAUUCGCAGCCCGGAUGUCAUGUCCCGCCUUCGUCGUGUUCUCGGAUUGCGGCAGGGGCCGAGUAACGACGACGAUGAAGACGCAGAUGCGGUGGCUGCAUAUCAGCACGGAGAGGAUGACGAAGAUGCGGAUGAGGCAGAAGGAGAGGCACAGAUCAUCUCGGUGUUUCUUGCUUCCAAGUAUAAGUUUUCGCGUCCCAUUGCUCGUGUUGCACACGAUCUAAAGCAACCACGCCUCCUCGAGCUCAUUCGGCGAUACCUGCAAGACUACCUCUAUCCCGACCCCGACCUUACCGCAGACAUCAUCCCGCUCAACGAAUGCCCAUUGUUCGAAGGCAACGUAGCUGUUUUUGGCUCUGCCCGUGCCCUCUAUUAUGCACCAAGCGAAGUUGCUGGAGAUGGUGGCAUGCACAUGGAGAUCAUCCGUAGUGCUUCCCGUUGGUAUGGGCAGUAUGCGCGACGCGAUACGGUCCUGAUACAGAAUGGCCCCGAAACUGAUCCCAUGGGUGGUCUCGCCAUCGGACGGGUGAUGGCUUUCUUGUCGUUCGAGUUUGCGGAUGUUGAUCAUCCUUGUGCACUCGUGGAGUGGCAUAUGCCGGUUGCAGAUGAGAUAGACCCUGUCACGGGUAUGUGGAUUGUCGAGCCCGAGAUUCUGCCAUCCGGCUCGCGUCGUGUCGAGCUUGUCCAUCUUGAUUGUAUCGUGCGCUCGUGUCUACUACAGGGCGUGACCGACGACACUUAUCUUCCAAAGAAAUUCCAUUACUCUAAAACACACAGUGGUUUCCAAUCCUUCUACUUUAACCGAUAUGCAGACUACCACACACACGAGAUGUACCCCGAGUAG